GGAUAAAUGUGGGAAGACAGAGAUUUCCUACUCCUGAUACGAUCAGGAUAUUGGUGACUCAGUUUUCAAUGUGCUCAGAUAGGGAAACCCACCCACCCCCUUCCUACAGGACAGGGGUGCUGAGCCUUGAGCGAGCAGAGGCAGGUGUUGAAAUCUGGGCAAAAGCUGGACUAGAUUUCAGUCCAUUCCUGUGUCAUUUCCCUGCCCAAAUGCCACACACAGCCCUGAGGAUGGAUCUGUGCCUUUCUGCCUGGCUGUCCUCCCCUGCAGCCAGCUGGUUUAGCUGCUGGCACUCAGCUCUGCUCCAGGGAGGCAGCAGGAGGGAAAGCUUGGAGCAGGAUCUGGAUGUGAUUUAGCCUCUGCUCCUCCACAGCUGCUCAAUGGGAUCUUGUCCAAGUCACCCCCAUGCUGCCCUCAGUUUUCCCUCCCUACUUUCACUUGCUCACCCCCUUCUCUAACAAGGGAUCUCAUUCAUUUUGAGCACCAUGGUGGGACUGAUCACUCUCAGCAAGCACAGGCUGAAGCCCACCCAUGUUCCAGGUGUUUAUCAACACCACAAACUGCAUUGAGUAAUGUAUAAAUGAUCUACCUUUGAGGAUCUGUCUAUAAAUUGAAUUUACGGAGCUUACAAGUCCUGAAGGUUGCCCUGCAAUUUAGAACCUUGUGACUCAGCCUUGGGAAAUUUUGCAGUGUUUAUUCUCACGGCAGGAGACAAAAGUCUGUAGGACAUUUCUGCAGCACCUGCUCAGAGGGACUAUGGUUGUGUCCUGCUCUACAGGGCCACGUUUGUCAGGGACAGGUGACAUCCCUGCUCAGCAAAGCCAGAGCCCACCCUCUGUGGGGCAGAGGAGCAGGGCUUGGGAAGCAGGGAGCUGGGUGAGUUGUUUGCUUUCAGCCUGGCACACCCAGAUCAGAGUCCGGACAUCGGGUCCCUGCGUGUCACUCCACAGAUCAACCCAAUAAAACACGGAGCAGGAGAGGUCAACAGCAGCCACAUCUUCAGGGAUGUGAAACUGAGCUCUGCAGGCCACUUCCCUGAGUAGGGGCAGAAAGCAGAGCCAUUCAUAGACAUGAUUCUGGUCUUGAAAACAGGUAUUGUGAGUACAGGGAGAUCACCAUGUCUGAAACGUGCAGUGUUUUCUUCCACGAACUUUGAGAACAUCCUGACCUGGGAAACAGAAGCAGAUAUCCCCCCUGGCACUGUAUUUGAGGUCCAGUACAAACAGUAUGGAGAAAAAUCCUGGCUCCCCAAGGCCGAGUGCCAGAGUAUCACCCAGCACUUCUGCAACCUCACUGGUGAGACAGAGAACUUCACAGAGCAUUACUACGCCCGGGUGAGGGCGACGGGCCGGAGCGGCUGCUCCUCCGGCUGGGUGCGCUCUGAGAGGUUUGAGCCCAGGAAAGAGACUGUUAUAGGAGCCCCACAAGUGGAGUACAUUCCCCAGGUACGGUCCAUAAAGUUUCUCAUCCGGCCCCCCUACACUCCCCUGAGGGGGGAGGACAACCAGCAGCUCACUGUGGAGGACAUUUACAGCAAAUUUGGGGCUGUUGGUUAUCACCUGACAAUAUUCAACCAAAGGACACAUCAGCAGCGGACAAAGAAUGAGCACAACAAAGAAUUUGAAGUUUCCGACUUGGACCCAGACACGGAAUAUAAUGGAACAGUUUAUAUGUAUCUCCUCCAGAAAAGCAGCAAAUCUCAAGUGUUUUGGGUUAAAACACUAGAAGACAAGACGUGGGUUCUCUACAGUCUGGUGGCCCUGGGAUUCUGUGCUGGGCUGGUGUUUGCUGCCACUGGUUACGUGAUCUACAAAUAUGUCAAACAACACAGUGCCCAGCCCAUGGCUCUGGACUUCAGAGGGAUUUCAUCGUUCCAGCCUCUCACACUGACAGUGGAGCACAUCAUAAAGCCCAUUAGUUUAUCCAAACCUUCCCUUUUCACCUCUGAAGUGCCGCUGCCACAGAUCAGCCAACAACUGGACCGAGCACUGGAGCCACCACAGCCUUCCUGCCCCCCCGAAAGUGGCUACCAGCAACAGGCAGAGGUGCCAACAUUCCAGCUGCCCCCUCAGCCGUCCUGCAAGGAAAUUGCGGCUCCGACUGGUUACGCUCCUCAAAAGGCCCAGCAAAGCAUUCCCGCUGCCACAUCCCCCCAAACCCUGCCCCUGACCUACGGGCUGUGCGGCGAAGGCACCGACCACGGGUACAAGAAUUUGCAGCCAGACCAAACGCUGAAGGAAAUCUCUCCGGGUCGUUUUGCUGAUGGAAAGCUCACGACCCAGGUGCUGGGAAAGAGCUGGAAUUACAAAGAACAGCAGCCAAAGGUGGCGUUGUGGGGGAGCAGGGGCAGAGCAGAGCCAGUGCCCUUCCAGGGGAGCCCUGGGCAAACGCAGCUGCUGCUGCAGAGUGACAGGGUGGAAACUCCGGAGAGUGUACCCCAGUUGUCCCUGUCUUUGCUGAAACAAGGAGGAUGCUACAGACAACAGGCAGCAGGACUGCCACUGCUCCUGCCUGCAGGGAACGCUGGCACUGACUGUGCUCCAGGGGAGGAACUGUCAGCACCCCUCCUCUCCUCCGUCCGGACUGGGAACCACUCCCCUGGGGAGGACAACACGGAGCAGUGGAUGUUGCCAGAGCCAUUCCCACAUCCUGCAAAGCAAAUGCAGCUCCCAGAGACUCCAGACGUGGAAAUGUUCCCGGCAGCAAAGGGGCUGAGCUGCACAGACACUGUCCCAGGCCGGGGCAGUGGCACUGCUCUCACUAUGUUCUUCAAGGAUUUGGAGUUAAAACUACAGGGGGAUGAGGAUGGGAACACAUCAUUUUGUUAGGAUGACAACGAUGUUAAAAUCCAGAUUAUGUUUUCUUGCAUGAAACGGAAGCAAUGCAAUAAAAACAGCUAAUCCUGGAUGGAUUGACACAGCA